UUCCCCGCACUCAUCCCUUUCUCUUGAGGACUCUGCCAUGGCAAGCGCGCCCUUGCUAUUGAAGAAGGAGAGGAGGAAGAUCUGGCGACUCGACGUGGACCUAGACAAAGCGCAAGAGACUCUUAACCCCGAAGUUCGCUUUGACUGUCGUGCAUUCCGCUUGUUGGGCGACCCGGAGCGGCUGGUAUCUGUCCGCUUCAUUCGCAAGCCCAAGAAGGAGGACAUCAAGGGCUGGAUACGCCGCUGUCAGAGUGGGGGAAAGGUUCUGAAUGUCGAUGGCACAAACGUGAAAUACUCCUGGCUCGGAUUCACCGAGAGCCAGCUCAAAGACGGGACAUUCUUGCUUCUGCGUGAAGAUGAGCAUUGGACUGUCGACCGCUUCCUGGACGCCCUGGGGAACGUGAAGAGCGUAUACCAGCAAUCUGGAUACGGCAGGUUCUGCGCGCGCCUAGGGCUGUCGUUUUCCACCACAAAGCCUGUAAUGGAUAUUCCUGACGAACUCGUCGCGACAAUACCCGACUUCCAAGCUACUGAUGGCACCCUGUUCACCGACGGAUGCGGCCUCAUACGCGACUCUUGUGCCGCGGAAGUGUGCUCUGCGCUAGAGAUACCCGAGGAUACAACUGUCUUUCAAAUCCGCCGCGGCGGCGUCAAGGGCCUCCUCGUGCGGUACCCUGAUGUCGUCUUCGACCGCAUCUGCAGGGACGCUGGUCGUCGAGGUCCAAUGAAGAUCGCCCUCCGCCCCUCUAUGCGCAAGUAUCCCGGCGGCCCGACGGUGCUAGAGAUCCAUAGCGUAGCCCGCCGACCGAGGAGCGCGCGGUUGAACAGGCAUUUCAUCAUAUUGUUGUUGACGUUGGGUGUGCGGUUGGAGGCCUUCGAGUCCCUCCUCCGCGCCAACCUCGAGUUCAUCGACCUCAUCAUGACGAGCCGGCAGCGCGCGCUCGAUGCGCUGGAAGCAGAGCUGGACGCGGAUGGGGCGGGGUUUGAUCAGGAGUUACACGACCUCCUCCUCGCCGGCUUCCAGCUCUCCGAGCCGCACGUCCGUUGCCUCCUCGAGCGGCUGCAGAAGCGCUCGCUCGAUGUGCUCCGGAAGAAGCUGAAUAUCAGGGUCAAGAACUCCUUUUACCUCUUCGGCGUUUGUGACGAGCUCGGAGUCUUGCGUGAGGGCGAGGUCUACAUCAACGUCGCCGGAGACGUAAAGCUGGGGACCGUGCUCGUGGGCAGGAAUCCGGCCUAUUCGACGAGUGUCCUGCGCGUCUUGCAAGCAGUGAACAGGCCAGGGUUAUCACAUUUGCGGAACUGUAUAGUAUUCGCCUCGGGGGGCGCACGCUCGGAGACGAGCAAGAUGCAGGGCGACGUCGACGGCGAUAACUUCUGGGUCACGACGGAGCCCUCGCUCAUCCCACCGCGAAUGGCUGAGCCGCCUCCGUUCGCGCAGCCUGUCUCGACCGCUCCCGCGCCAAUGUCCCCUGAAGCUAACACGGUGCACACGGUAUCCGAGAUUGACAUGCACACGAUAUCCGGAGUCGACAUGCACACGGUAUCCGAAAUCGACAUGCACGAGGACGCGCUCAAGACCUACAUGCGCCUGCGCCACAGCUUCGUCCUCGGGCAGGCAUCGAAGGCGUGGAUGGAGAAUGUGGUGCUGACAUCAGAGCUCGCGGAUGCGCCUGUCGCGAGGGAGUUGGCGGGGAUUGUGGAGCGCGCGGUGGACCUCGUCAAAUCCGGCGGGAGCGCCAGCCGACUCGAGUCUAAUCUGAAGACCACCCUCGGCACGAUGUCCAUCCAGAGGACCCCAGGGUGGCAGGACCCGCUCGCUUUCUUGGUCUCUAUAAUUCCAUCGAGUCCCAGAGGGCAACAGACGGACUUCACCAUCGACCCCGAUUUGGAUUUGUCCGGGAGCGUUGAUCGUGAGGAGUGGGAGAAUUUGGUGGAAGAAGCUAGGCGCAUCAUGCCUCUGUUCAAUAAUGCGCUGGCGUCGGCUAUCCGGACAGAACAAGAGACGGCAGAGGAUGGUGACGACGAGCGGGAAGCGAUGAAGGAGACUGAUGUAGUCAAGGAGAGAUUCUUGAAAAGCCAUUUCCCUCGCGUGAAUAUCAUGACUUUGCCCAAGCAGUGGGCGAAGGCGUCAGCGUGGUACGUCACAGGCUACCGCGCGCAUAAGGAAGCCUUCUCUUGGCUGCCAGCCCGCUACCUGGCACACAUCAAAGCCCACAGCACCUCUCAAGGAGGCAUUGCGCUCGCGGUCGGUCCGACGAACAGGCCUCUACACGCUUCUUCCCAGACUGUAGCGCCGCCACAUCCGCCACCGCGCUCGAUUGAGAUACGAGCUCCCGCUCAAGCUGAGAAUGCUUUGCAGAAUAUCCUUGUCACUGUGCGACGCGGUCGAGGUCCUCCCAUCGUCUCGUCGAGUUCCUCCUCGAGAGAUCAGUGGCGUAACGUUCCCGUAGCUACGACCCAUAUCCGCUCGUCAAUCUCCACUGAGCGCUCUUCGGAUUUUGGCUCUCCCCGCAGCACUAUGCGAAACUCGCGCUCCUCCCGACGGUCAUCGUCUCAAGGCUCCAUCUAUGAGGACGCGCGAGAGUCGUUGUCCCCAAGAGCCCCAUUGCGCCCGCUGUCAGUGGCUGCAUACCCCAUGGCCGAGUCCAUCAGCGCGGUCACUCAAACAUCGCGGCGCACGGCGGACCCUCUAUCGCGCGCAUCCUCUCAUACUCUCAUCGGCGAUGACGGACCCGUCACGGAACCUGCUCCUCGACGCUACGCCGGUGCUGCAACCGCACCCGUCAUACGCCAAGCCCCAUCGAGCAGCUCUACUGUCGAUUCGAGCGUCACCGCUGCGCCAGGAAGACUGCCACGAGCGAACAAUAAACCCAAGGAGCCGCAAGAGACGUUCAUGCGGUGCACAAAUGGGAAGGAGGUGCACAAUUCUUGGGUAGUGCGCCACGCCAACGGGGUGCAGCGCACCUAUCAUUGUUCUGAUUGCGGUGCUUUGGUGAAGGAGCGCUAUGACCACGUCGCUGGUAGAUGGCUCUCGACGAGUGCAUCGCGUGCCCGUACCGCGGGAGCAUGAUUCUACUGCUUUAUAUUGUCUUGUAACUGUAUUGUAUCUCGGAUGUGUGCUUUUCUGUCAGAACAACAUAACUGCGUUCGC